CACAUCAUAAAACUCAUUUCAGAGUUUGAAGAAUUUUAGAACUCGAUCACCUGUUUCUUGCGGAGAAUGCAUUCUGGCAUUGUGACAUUGUCUCCUGCCUCUUUGUUCUCUGCCAUGCAUGCUGACCUAAGUGCGUGCCCCAGACCACCAGGGAGAGAGCUAGCUAGCCGCGUUUUCCUCGGCCUUCGAUUUCAGGUUCCAUAUAUAUCGAUCGUGUGCAAGUCCAGCACGCAGCCCCAAAGUCCGGAACGGAACCGACUCCUCCGAUCCUCCCUAUUUCAUGCCCAUCUACCUUGUCGCUCGCCGCCUCGAUCGCACGGAACGCAACCACCGUCGUCCACCGAUCGCGCGACAUGGCACGCGCUCCCCGUCUCGCAAGCAACCACCGAUCACGCGGCGGCAUGGCUCUGCCGGCGUUGAUGGAGGAGCUCGUGGAAGAGAUCCUCCUCCGCAUCCCGCCGGACGAGCCGGCGCACCUCUUCCGUGCCGCCCUCGUCUGCAAGGAUUGGUGCCGCAUCAUCUCCGACGGUGGGUUUUGCCGCCGCUACCGCCGGUUCCACCGAACGCCUCCCCUGCUGGGUUACAUCAACAAGGAAUACCACACAUCCCUCAAGUUCGUCCCAACCACUACUUUCUCACCGCCGCCGCUGCCUGCCACCAAAUCCUUCCGGGCCGUUGACUGCCGCCAUGGCCGUGUGCUGAUGACCGACAUUCACGGCGACCCACCAGGCUUCAUCGUCUGGGACCUCGUCACCGGCAACGGCCCGCGCCGCAUUAAUAUUCCCGCUUAUCACCCGCACGAGGACCUGUGCACUUUCACUGGGGCUGUGCUAUGCGCCCGCCAUGGCUGCGACCACCUCGACUGUCGUGACGGUCCGUUCGUCGUGGUCUUUGUGGGGUCGUACGAUGACGACGGCGCGGACAAUGAUGACGUGUACACAUCGGCAAGCGUGUACUCGUCAGAGACAGGAGCAUGGAGCGCCCCAACCCCCAGUGUCAAUUACGAACUUCGGUUCUGUGAAUCCUGUCUUCUCAUAGGAGACGCGCUCUACGUCAGCCUUUCGUCUCGUGCAAAGAUCCUCAAGUAUGACUUGGGGGGGCAUGGGCUGUCGGUGAUCGACGCACCGCUAAUGCGUGGCCUGGCUAGCGUUCCCAUGGAAAUUGAUGGAGGGUUAGGGCUAGUCGAGUAUGAUCACGGUUGCAUCUAUACGUGGUCACGCCAAGCGGAUGGAGGAUGGGUGCGACACAAUGUUGCGGAGCUCCAGACGAUCUAUAUCCCCCGACAUAACAAAUUUGGCAUGAUUCGCUUCGCACAGGAAACAAAUACUGUUUUAUUCAGUUUAGAUGAUUAUAUAGACCAGGGAGUUUUCGCACUUGACCUCAACUCAAGGCAGGUGACGAAGGUCGGCGAAACACGUGCCUAUCACACCUUACCUUAUAUGAGCUUCUACACUCCAGAUCUUGCUAAGGGCAAACUGUCACCGCAAUGAAUAAGAUGCAACAAUCUAUCCC